GUUGGGCUGAUGACUGGAGACAUUUGUCACACUUUUACUCAAAUUGUGAACAGUUGAUUUGACUGACAAAUGUUCGUUAGCUCGCUUAACUAGCGUCACAGUACAUGACGCCAAACGUGACCACUUCAUUCAGACUCCAACUAUCGACUAACGUUAUUCACUUAGCCAAUCUUAACGGUUGGCAUAGCUAGGUUAACGCUAGUUAACGUAGGCGUUGCAGUAGAAAACACCGAGGUAAGCGGUGAAAUAGUGGCUAACUUAGCUUACAAAACACAUCGUUAGCAAUGAACUAGCUGGCUAAAUGCUAACCACCUGUAAUACCAACUGUAAGACGUUGACCAGCGUACUUAUACUGAUGAUUCGGUCGAAUGAGGUAUGUAUCGGACCCCUCCAUCGCAGAUAAAGAAGGCAGACAGUUGCUAACAAGCUAAUCUUUGCAAAGUUUCAUCCGUAAACAUAGCGACGUAUUUUCCACCUUCCCGGUUUCAAAAUAAGAGUACGACAAAAUACGUUAGCACUGUGUCUUGUUUUGAAAUAUGCUAGAAGUUUUUUCGCAUAGUUCUUUCCAAUCGUCUGUCCGUUGGAGUCCUGUUAUCGUUGUUCACACGUUUCUUUCUCAGGCAAGGAAAGCCUUUGAUAUCAUUGUCUUCUAAAAUGUCACUAUUAUCUCCGUCAUUUCCUUCACUCACUCUCUUCCUCUUCACUCCCACAUGGACUGGUAUCAGCUCAGGGUUGGUAUCAAAAGAGGCAAUACGGUGGAGGCAAUUCUCUGCUCUGUGAUUUCUGAACUUCCAAGGCCUCAUCAACUACAGACAAAUCAGAACGUAUCUAAUUUGGCUUCAUUCACCCGAGAAAAACGGCACAAAUGUGCCAUGAUUUCAGGAGCAAAUCAAGACUCCUCGCUGGAUUUAAAGAUCAGUCUCCUGCUCUGAUGGCGGCGGGGAUAGCACUCUCCUCAUCCUCCCCAUGCUCCACAUUAUCCCAUCUUUUCUUGCUUUGUCGAGGAUAAGAAGGUCUGAUUUAAAUCACACAAAAUUAAAUGGAAAAUGUAAGGCAUUUUCCACACUACACCGUAUAAAAUGUACAAGUAUUUUAUCAGGUAUCUCAUAUAGGCCAAAUUAAACUAUUUGCAUAAUAACAAGAUUUUCCCUUAUCUUCUGUAGCUAAUCACAUUCAAACUGAAACCAGCCAACACAAAUCCAAUAAUUCAAAUCUCAAUGAAGAUUUAUUGGAAUAAUUAAAGGGACUUGUUUUGAAUUCCAGGUAUUUUGUUCUCGUGUCAAAAAGCCAGAGGGGUAAACACUGCGCACAGUUUAAUUGUCUAAUAAUAUUGCGGCUAAUGGUUGAACACGCGUGUGACUCAAUACAUUCAGUAUUGAUCAUCAUUGGCUACAGACGAGGUACGAAUUACAAAUGGCAGAAAUUGAGUUACUUCCUGUUGUAACAUUAAACCUGCAAAUGAGGUUAAAUUAGAUUAGAGGUUUAUUGUUUAAUGUUAAGCAACUUACUAUUGUAGUUCCUACACAGAUUAUUGAUGUUAAAUCAGGAAAAUAAGUGUAAACAGCGAGGGCGGCCAUGAUAUUGGCACCAAAAAAACACUUCUAAUCUGUUGAUGAAUUUUCAUACAGCACAGAAGUUAAAAUUAGACUUAAAGUUGAAAUUGAACCAUACACAGGAAAGAUGGGUAGACAUGUUUGACAAGCUACUGUCUCUAUAGGGAAAUGAUAAUGAUGACACCAGAUCAACAGUUUGUACAAUUACUUCUGCAAAAUGAUCCCAUCUAUUUGAAUAAAAAUGUAGUAAAUAUAAGUAUGUUUUCAUCUAGUGCAAGAUAGAAGACAUGAACAUCCCAGUCAACAAAAUUGUUAUUCCCCAUUCCAGUCAUAGACCCGGAACUUAAUAAAACCAAGUUUCCACUUUUAAAUUAAAUUUUCCUCAAGCCCUCUUGGUAAAGUCACAGUACUUUUAAGUUUUAUUUUCCUCAAACUCUCUAUUGGUAAAGUCACAGUACUUUUAAGUUUUAUUUUCCUCAAACUCUCUAUUGGUAAAGUCACAGUACUUUUAAGUUUCAUUUUCCUCGUACUCUCUAUUUUUAGAGUCAUUGUCUCUCAACCAAGGCAUGAUACGUCAUUCUCACUAGUUGUUUGUAUACUGUGCAGAUCAGCUGUCAGUGUUUAGUCUCUUUCUCAGCCAGCAGCACCCCUGGCACCGACAGGAUGGCACAUCCGGAGUGGACACGUCUCUUCCAGGUAACAGCCAUGAAUCUGAAACCAGGAGACUCAUGGCAUCUGGAGUUUGAUGAAAAUCUUAUGCCUAACUGCAAAAAACCCGGCUGGAAGAAGUGUAUCGUGAGCACCAGUGGAAGGUACAAAUGCUCCAAGUGUGGAAGAGGCUGGUCUUCUAACAAAGUGAGGGUUGCCUGCCACAUGCGCCUGUCAUACAGGCAGGGCGUUGUCAAGGUGAGGCCCUUCCGUCAGAACUGCAAGGAGUGCAGCGAAGCGCCAAUGGAGAAGCCCAGCAUCACCUCAGAGAACAUCGAGAUCCUCCUGAAGAAUGUUGUGGAGAAAAUAAGAAUAAAAUGCUACAAUGAAGACCUGGGCAAAAAGAUCAAGCCUUUCACAAGAGUUGAUGGUCAAAGUCCCCAUGAGCCUGCUCAUUGUGAGGCCUGUAUGCAGGGCAUUUGUCCAAGGAGUCGGCCUUUUUCAUAAUGUGUGUGUGUUUGUGAGAGAGAGAGAGAGAUAGAGAGAGAUAGAGAGAGAGUGUGUUUCAAGCUGUAGAGAGUUUUUUACUAAUGUUUUAUGCCUAAACUCAUAUUGAAUAAGCUAGUUGUAUAAGAUUUCCCCUCCUGUCAUUCUGUUACAUUGUGUUGCUUCUGUCAUUUUCAUAUGAUAAUCAAGUGCAUAUAAGCUUUCAUAUUUAUUCCUGUUGGUAUCUUCUUGCUUUUAAUUUUCUUUAAAAUAUUAAUUUGUCUGCUCAAAAGCAUUAAACCAGCCUUCUUACAAACAUAAAUGCAAUAGAUAAAUAAAUGUGUAUGCAUACAAUUAACUACACGUA